AUGGCGGACUCUGAAGCGCCUUCCAAGCCCCAUGCGGUCACAACUAUCGCGAGCGUCCAGAUCGACCCUCGGGCGGAACGAGCGUUGGUCUGGAAAUUCGAUCUUCGUCUGCUUCCUGUCCUGGCAAUUAUGUACUUGUUCAACAGUCUCGACAAGUCGAACCUGGGAAAUGCAAAGACGGCCGGUCUUGAAGAUACCCUUCACCUCAAGGGAAACCAGUACAAUUUGAUUCUCAGUAUUUUCUUCGUUCCAUACGUCCUCACCGCACCAUUCCUCGGCCUCCUCGGCAAGAAGUUCGGACCUAACAUUGUGCUCCCAUGCAUGAUGCUCACUUUCGGUAUCUGCACUAUUCUCGUGGUCGCUGCGUACAACUUCAGCGGUCUUUUCGCUAUCCGCUGGUUCUUGGGUAUGGCGGAGAGUGCAUUCUUCCCUCUGGUCAUCUACUACCAGACCACUUUCUACCGUCGAGGUGAACUAGCCCGCCGUCUGGCUAUCUUCUACGCUGCUCAAAGUAUCGCCUCCGCUUUCUCUGGCCUCCUAGCCUUCGGUGUCUUCCGCAUCCACACCGGCCCUCUGGCAUCAUGGCGUUAUCUAUUCCUGAUCGAGGGUUGCGGAACCGUCCUUUUCGCCCUCUUCGCUCUGUGGUACCUCCCCAAGUCAGCAUCGGAGGCCACUUUCUUGACACCAGAGGAGAAGGAACUCGCAUACCUCCGCCUGCAGAUCGACAGUUCAUCCGUCGUGGACGAGAAGCUGAAUAUCCGGGACGCUUUCCGCAUCUUCAAGCACUGGACUAGCUGGGCUAUUCUAGCUAUUCAGAUCUGUCUCGGUGUGCCUCUGCAAGGAGUUCAGCUCUUCCUUCCCGUCAUUAUCAAGCGUCUUGGAUACAGCACCGUCAAGACCAAUCUCUACACCGUGGCACCUAACGUUUCCGGUGCCGCGAUGCUGCUCAUUCUCGCUUUCUGCAGUGACUGGACUAGAUGGCGCUUCCCCUUUAUCGCACUGGGCUUCCUGUUCACUUUCAUUGGAUUCAUCAUCUACGCUGCGAUCGACGUUGAGCGGGACUUGAGCAUUGCCUACUUUGCUACGUUUAUGAUGGUUUGGGGUACAUCCGCGCCUUCCGUUCUCCUCGACUCUUGGUACAACAACAACAUUGCCAACGAGGGACGACGUGUCGUGCUUACCAGUAUCGCCGUCCCAGUCGCCAAUCUCAUGGGAGUUGUCAGCUCCAACAUCUUCCGCACCCAGGAUGCACCCAAGUAUUUCCCUGCGCUGAUUACUACCGCUGCCUUUGGUGGUACUGGUAUUCUGUUGACUCUGGCUCUUGGUCUGUGGAUGAUGUUCGAUAACAAGCAGAGAGAUCGGAGACAAGGCGUCCAUGUCAAGGCAAUGGAUAUUCCGACGGAGAACCUGAAUGAGGGUCCUGCGAGUGAUGAUUUCAGGUGGUUCUACUAG